CAUUGCUUCUUAUCCGGAGUUCAUUUGACACAUAACAGAGAAAACAUCCACCACUAUGGCAAGCCUGUGGAGGAAAUGUCCCUUUUUCAAAAGGAUCUAUAGACCUAACUGCUUACGUGUGAUAAGAGAGACUAAGGAGAAAUAUAAAUCCAAGGACUCGCCUCUUCGGAGCCUGAGUAGCUUUAAGUCAGAGAUCCCUGGCGGAGAUGGACUCGGAGCCAUGGAUCCAAAACACUCUAAAUCAUUCCAUCAGUACUUAGACAUGGUUGUCAAUGGAGCCGUGUUCCUCUUCAUCGUAGUUCUUCUUGUCUUGGUGAUAUGUUUCCUGGUUGCCGUCGAACUCUUGAUUGCUUUCAGUGUCAUUAUGGACGGGAGUGUAAAGAAAGAAUCCACAUUGAGAGCCCUGUCUGCAACCACUUUAGCCAUUCUUGCCUUGUUUGUCAUUGAGGUCACAAUAAGAGUAUUCAGUCUAGGAGCCUUCAUUAAAAAACAGAAAAUAGAGAUGUUUGACAUCUUCAUAGUCACCAUAACAUUCAUUGUAGACCUAGUCUUACUAGCCAGUAACAUCGAAGACGACAACCCCGGAACGAGAGCCAUUACAUUAUUAAUUUCAUUCAGGUUUUGGAGACUAUGUGGCAUCUACCAUACGGGGGUGUCGAAGGCGAGAGAGGAGGCAUCAACUGAAUUACAGAUGGAGAAAUAUGCUAGGAAUCAGGCUGAAAUACAAGCUGACGCAUUACAAGCACAGUGUGAUCAACAAUUAAAAGAGAUAGCUCACCUCAGGGAUUAUAUGAGACAACACAGUCUGGAUCCCGACUCGCCCAAGUUGGGGUUUCCCCCAGACUACAGGCAUCGCUUCACGAUAGCAGUGGACUUUGAUAAGGCAGAUACCAUCAGGGUCAACGAUAGAGUUAAUUCUGAAUCCUCGUUAGCCAGUGCAAUAGCCAAUCUAGAGUCGUCAACGAAGGUAGAAACAUCGGGGAGAAGAGAGGUUGGAAGAGGGGAAGGAGGAAGUGGAAUAAGAAGAGGUCAGAGGUCGGAUAAUAAUCCAUCAUCGUCCACAUCGACGCCGACGGUCAGACCUAGCCAGCUCAAUAAUUUAAGUGCAACUCCCACCACGGGCCGGUCGUCAAGAGAGGGGCGUGGCAAUCCCAACUAUGAGAUAGAGGUUGGUGAAGAAGCCAAAGAGAGGGAAGGAGAGAGAAGAGGAGAUGCUGAUGUUACCACGGAAACCGGAGCGCUGGAAGGCAUCACUAACCUUGGGUUUGAAGAUGACCAUUCGGCAAAUGGUGAUAUGGUGGAAGUUGGCGAAGGAGACGGGGCGAUACCGGAAGUACCACCCGAAGGACCAUCGCCAUCAACAAAUAACAAUGCAGAUGAUGAAGCCCAACUCAGAUUAGAAUUGGACGAGAUUAGGAGACUGUCAGAUGCAGCGCUCAUGGAAGAAUUUGGAUCAUCGUCGGUGACGCAAGACAUUAACGGAGUCCCAACAACCUCUCUAUGAGAGCCCUGGUAUGUUCAGUCACCCCUGCUCGUCAAAGGUGGUGAAACGGAUCAAUCUACUCUCAGACCCGCAGUUGGGAGUUCCAAUGCGUAAUCAUUGAAUCAGUAUUGACGGUCAACUGAAUAAGGGCACUCAUCAAAGUCAGAGGACUGUGGGUAAACAGCAAACCCCCGAAUCGCUUAUGCCUACCUUCCGACCGAAUGAAGUUGCAACUUUGAAAGAUUACUGGGUAUCAUGGUGGAAGAUGUAUUACUUAUCAAGAUAAUCUGUUGUAGUCAUGUUUAAGGGGUGCAGUGGAGCCGCGUCAUCAAUUCCUCUGAGCUAUCUUCUGAUGAACGUAUUGGAGUUAAAAUAUGGUUCUUGGAUCAACAUAGGAUGAUCACGAAAACCAUAUGGAGUCUUAGAGAACCAAGGUCUGCUCUGGUAUACUAGUAUUUAUAAUAAAUCUGUCUGGUGUACUAGUUCUGCAAGGUCGUAGCUUGAAUAGAUCAACAGCCAUCGAUGGUCACGCUGUCAUUGCCCCUAUGACAGUUUAUCAUGCCCUUUGAAAGAAGGAUAAAUUCACAGCCGAGAAGGGUUGUGCUUCAUGAAAAUACUUGUGGGAUGCUUCAUCUGACAGUGUAGUUUUCAUCUAAGAGUUACCAGAGGAAACAACUGUGCUUCUUAUGCAAUCAAAAUCAGACCGACAACUUGAUUGACAGUAAACGUUGUUAAAAUGCUCUCUAGAUCACCAUGUUGAAGGCACAGAGUCAGGUUACUGGAUCAAUUGGAGUUUUGGAGCUCCAUAAAGGCGUACUGUGGUAUUUUAUCCAUAAAUCUCUACUAGGUAACUUACAUGUAGCUGGUCCCAGCUGUGGUAUUAAUUGGUGGUUUGGACGAUUUUGUUCGAUCACUCCAAUGAGUAUCUGCCAAGAAUUUUUCUCAAAGCUCUUUACCAGUAUCCUAUUUCAUGAGUGCUUCUCGUUCCAGUGCUUACGGCUGGAAUUUACAGUGGAACCUGAUUCAAAAAGAUUUCUGUAAGGAGAUGCAAUCAAUCUUAUGACUGAUCUUAGCUGUAGGUCUAUCCUAAACCAUGUAUUAAUGGGUUUGCAAUCAAUCGUAAUAUUGGUUGUGUAUCUUGAUGUGUCAGGGCACUAACAGAGCAUGAGUAUGAUCAGUGGCGGACUGUGACCCGGAGGAGACAAUGAUUGGAGGGGCACUGUAUUGUUUGUGAACAAUGUUGUGCCCCUCAAAUGCUUUGUCUCCUCCGGGUCAUGGUCCGCCACUGAAUAUGAUCCGAAAGACACCCAAAGAGUAAGGAUCCAUUGUAUUCAAUGUGCUUAUAUGUUUUCUAUGAUCAAAUGUAAGAUAAUAAUGUUGAUAUAGAUGUGUGUUGUAUAACUGCUGGUCAGGACUUGGUAAGGAUUGGAUAUCGGUUGGCCAAUCACCUCAUCCAUUCCCACCGCAGGCAAUAUCUUAGGCCUGUAAAGACAGUAAUUAGCUAAUACUUCCUAAAAACCUAUUACAGAUAGAUACACUCUUUUUUUCUAUGGCCUGUAUUCUGAAAUUCAAUUUAACUCCAGCCAUAGCUGAAAUUAUGGAAAGCCAAAAAUG